AUGGCAGGAAAGAAACAAGACCCCGAGAAGAAACGAAGCGGCGCAAGUAGGGCAGCCAAGCCAGGUGCCUUACAAGAGAAUUCCAGUAUGAGUUCUGGCAAUCAAAAAAAAAGGAACGGAGCGACGCAGUAUGUGCAACGAAACCUGGUGCUCAUUCGGCAAGCGGGAGGAGCAGUGCUGAUGCUAGAAAGGACCGAAGCGCUGCUAGGUCAACCAAGUCUGGUGCUGUUCCUGAGAAAUCUAUUAAGAAAAGAAGAGAGGGCCAAUCGGCAACCGCCGCCUUCGCUUCCCGCUUCUCAAGGUGCUUUGGAGGCUGUUCCUGUGGAAGUGGACGACAGCAUCGAGAAGGGCCAAGCAAUGGAACAAAUGAGACGCGAAUUUGAGCAGAAGGAACGAUUGCGCCAGCAAGAAAUCGAUGAGCUCAACCAGCGACUUGCUGAAAGUGCCGAAGAAGAAUAUCAGCGAAAACGAAGAAAGCGGAUAGUCAUCACUGUUGUGGUGUGUUUGGUUGUUCUCAUAGCCGCCGGAGUCGGCGCAUUCUUUGGUCUCAAAAAGACUACUGAUGUAAAACAAGAACCAAUAUUGGAACCUACUUCUGAUGCCGAUGAUGGCUCUAAUGCUACAGAUAGCAGCAUGUCUAGUAAUGUUCCCUCAAACUUGCCUUCCAGCAGUCCAUCAGAGUUUGUCAUUAGGUACGACCCACCGUCCGACCAAGAUUGUGCAGCAGUGGCCGCUGGCGAAAGACCAACCGAAGAAUUUCUUUGGCAGCGCAACUUCUUGAUGCCAAUGGAUGUGGUCCUGUCGGCCGACCAGAACAAUGACGAGACUGCUCAAGAGCUCAAAGAAAAGAUUCAAACACUUUUGAUGCCAGAACUAAUUGGUUGCAUUUCCGAUGCUGAUCCAAAUGAUGCUGUCAAUCGAAAACUGCAAUUAAAUUCAGAGUACAACUAUGUCAUUUCCAAAGCAAUUGUCAAUGUGCUACCAAGAGAAGGACAAUGUGUUCGGAGUCAAGCGACAACUUGUCUUCAUUUUUUGGUCACUUUUGAUCUCUUUUUGGAGGGACUCGAACGUAUCCUGACUCUUAUGGAAUUGAUCAAUAUCGUGUUUGGAUACGAUCAAGACUUGGUCCAAAAGUUGGACCUGUCAGACCCAUAUGUGGAAUUGAUUCUUGUGACUAUUUCUGCAGGAACCAUCACAGAAGCUCCUAGCAUGGUACCAUCAAUGGUACCCAGUGAAAUGCCAAGUCUCUCGCCAUCAACGCACCCUACCUUGGCUCCAGCUUAUUCUAGUCGAAUUACUCCAUCAGCUAAGCGCCCAACCGGCAUGCCAUCCUUCACACCAAGCCUGCGGCCUUCCACUGCACUGUAG